GGGAAGAGAAGACAGUUGCGUUCUGAUUGCGCCGUUACUUUUGAAGCUGGAGCCUAUUCUCAGGGUUCCGUUCCGUUCUUCGUUCCUCCUCGAGGAACUAAACCGCUCCUCGUUUUCUCUGCGACGCAGGGGAGCCAAAUAAAAGCCUAAACUCCUCUGGUAUGAAGUGCUGAGUACUUGCAACACCUCCACCUCUGCCACCUCCAAUACAGGCAUAUGCAUUCAAACCUCCUCCUCGACCUGAUUUUGGUACAUCAGGGAGAACAAUCAAACUACAAGCCAACUUUUUUGAAAUGGACAUUCCUAAAAUUGACAUCUACCAUUAUGAAUUGGAUAUAAAGCCGGAGAAGUGCCCUAGAAGAGUUAACAGAGAAAUAGUUGAACAUAUGGUCCAGCACUUUAAAGCUCAGAUAUUUGGGGAUCGUAAGCCAGUAUUUGAUGGGAGAAAAAACCUCUAUACAGCUAUGCCACUUCCAAUAGGGAGAGAUAAACAGGUGGAAUUGGAGGUCACAUUGCCGGGAGAGGGAAAGGACAGAAUAUUUAAGGUGGCGAUAAAGUGGAUGUCGGGCGUAAGUCUGCAGGCUUUACAUGAUGCUCUCUCUGGUCGUCUUCCAAGUGUUCCUUUUGAAACAAUUCAGGCACUGGAUGUAGUAAUGAGGCACCUACCUUCUAUGAGGUAUACUCCUGUGGGCCGAUCAUUUUUUACCGCAUCAGAAGGAUGCUCCAACCCCUUGGGUGGAGGCAGAGAAGUUUGGUUUGGAUUCCACCAGUCAGUUAGGCCUUCACUGUGGAAAAUGAUGCUUAACAUUGAUGUAUCUGCAACAGCAUUUUAUAAGGCACAGCCAGUAAUAGAGUUUGUAUGCGAAGUUCUGGAUUUCAAAAGUAUUGAAGAACAACAGAAACCUCUGACAGAUUCCCAAAGGGUUAAGUUUACCAAAGAAAUUAAAGGUUUGAAGGUGGAAAUCACUCACUGUGGACAGAUGAAGAGAAAAUACAGAGUAUGCAAUGUUACCAGACGGCCAGCAAGUCACCAAACAUUCCCCCUUCAGCAGGAAAGUGGUCAGACAGUUGAAUGCACUGUAGCUCAAUAUUUUAAGGAUAGGCACAAAUUGGUUUUACGCUACCCUCAUCUUCCAUGUUUACAAGUUGGACAGGAACAGAAACACACGUAUCUUCCUCUAGAGGUGUGUAACAUAGUGGCAGGCCAGAGGUGUAUAAAAAAGCUGACAGACAAUCAAACUUCCACUAUGAUAAGGGCAACAGCUAGAUCUGCGCCAGACCGUCAAGAAGAGAUUAGCAAGUUGAUGCGAAGUGCAAGUUUUAAUACUGACCCCUUUGUUCGUGAAUUUGGAAUUAUGGUCAAAGAUGAAAUGACGGACGUGACUGGUCGGGUUCUGCAGCCUCCUUCAAUUCUUUAUGGAGGCAGGAACAAAGCAAUUGCUACACCAGUACAAGGGGUUUGGGAUAUGAGGAACAAACAAUUUCACACUGGCAUUGAAAUAAAGGUCUGGGCAAUAGCUUGCUUUGCUCCACAGCGCCAGUGCACUGAAGUUCACCUUAAGUCCUUCACGGAACAACUGAGGAAGAUCUCAAGGGAUGCAGGAAUGCCUAUCCAGGGACAGCCUUGUUUCUGUAAAUAUGCCCAGGGAGCCGACAGCGUAGAGCCGAUGUUCCGACAUCUGAAGAACACCUACGCCGGGUUACAGCUUGUGGUAGUCAUUUUACCAGGGAAAACUCCAGUUUAUGCGGAGGUGAAGCGUGUUGGCGACACUGUGCUGGGCAUGGCCACGCAGUGUGUGCAGAUGAAAAAUGUGCAAAGGACAACACCACAAACUCUUUCCAAUCUGUGCUUAAAAAUCAAUGUCAAAUUAGGAGGAGUAAAUAACAUUCUACUGCCUCAGGGAAGGCCGCCAGUAUUCCAACAGCCUGUAAUUUUCCUGGGUGCAGAUGUUACACACCCACCAGCUGGAGAUGGGAAAAAACCAUCCAUCGCUGCUGUUGUAGGCAGCAUGGAUGCCCACCCUAAUCGAUACUGUGCCACUGUGAGAGUUCAGCAGCACCGGCAAGAAAUCAUCCAAGACUUGGCUGCCAUGGUUAGGGAGCUGCUGAUUCAGUUCUACAAAUCCACUCGCUUCAAACCCACUCGGAUUAUUUUCUACAGAGAUGGUGUCUCCGAGGGGCAAUUCCAGCAGGUUCUCCAUCAUGAAUUGCUGGCUAUCAGGGAAGCAUGUAUUAAGCUAGAAAAAGACUAUCAGCCUGGAAUUACGUUCAUUGUUGUUCAGAAAAGGCAUCACACCAGACUCUUCUGUACAGAUAAAAACGAAAGAGUUGGGAAAAGUGGAAACAUUCCAGCAGGUACAACAGUGGACACAAAAAUCACCCACCCUUCAGAAUUUGACUUCUAUCUAUGUAGUCAUGCUGGCAUUCAGGGGACAAGCAGGCCGUCUCAUUACCAUGUUCUCUGGGAUGACAAUCGUUUCUCUUCAGAUGAGCUUCAAAUCCUUACGUACCAGCUGUGUCAUACGUAUGUACGUUGUACUCGUUCAGUUUCAAUCCCUGCACCAGCAUAUUAUGCACACCUGGUUGCCUUCAGAGCCAGGUAUCAUUUGGUGGAUAAAGAACACGAUAGUGCUGAAGGGAGUCACACCUCUGGUCAGAGCAAUGGCAGAGAUCAUCAAGCACUUGCAAAAGCUGUUCAGGUUCAUCAGGAUACAUUGCGCACCAUGUACUUUGCGUGACAUGUUGCAGUGUUCCAUGUAGCUCAGUUCCACAUUGGAUUCACAGGAGACCAGCUGCACUUAGACCAACAGUUCCCCAAGCUACAGCGACAGCCAGCAAUGAGUGAUGCAUCGUUACUUUAUUCUUUAAUUCCCCCCACCCACCCACCCCAUUUGCAAGGAAGCCUUCCGUCCAGGAUUUUUUAGACUUGACUGCAGACCUGUACCAAAUUGCACGGCUGUUAGAAGUGUGGAUUUGCCAAAAUUUAAAAGCUGCUUGUCAGGGCAAAAGGAAAAACAGAAAUCAAAAUCCAUCUUUUGUAACAAAAUGUAGAGCUGUGAUCUCAGGGUUAAAAACAACACUUUUCAUUGAAAAAUGCCUUUUUUCCGUAUAUACUUGUUUAAACUAAUUUGAAACUGCCCACUUACGUUCUGAUGUACUGGGGCUAGGGAAAAGCUAUGAAUUUGCUUUUAUUUGCCCCAUAUGAAUAGAACACGAAUUUGAGUGCCAUUGAAAUCUUUGAUCGGUCUGGAUGCAUUAUUGUUGUAUUAUUGAAAUGCAAAAGGAGAGAAUCCUGAUUUAUCUUUUGCUGUCUUACAGAGGAACAGUGUAUGUGGGUCUUUGAGCAAAAAGUAUUUUUGGAAGCUUGUUCUUGAAUGUCUUUUCAUUGUGCUGUUUAAAUUUUUGUAGAAUGAAUCAUGAAAUUAUUUCAGUUAAAAGAAGGAACCUAUUCCUACUUUUUAGUAGGUCCAUUGGAAGAUUAGCAAAGUGUGCCAUUUAAAAAUGUAUUUUUCCUUUAUGAAAAUCCAUUUUGAUUACUAAUCAUGGGAGCUGUCCUCUAGGACCGUGACACAUAAUUUCCCAAAGCUUUUCUAAAGAAUACGGGUCUGUGGUGAUACAGUACAAUCUUUUUCACUGUUAAGUUUGAUUUAAUGUAAAAUUUAUGUUUCACAGUAUUAACAUGCUAGAUUAGAUGCUAUUUAUUUUUAUUUACUAAGGAGUGCUCAACAUAGUUCUGUUAACAUAUCAGACAUUGAGAAAUGCUUUGGAUUUUAGAAAUGAGAAGUUGACACUAGUGAUUUGGGUUGGCAUUCACCAGCCCUACCUUCGCAAAUUCUCUGUUCAUUUCAACAAGGAUUGUAUGGGAUAUCUUUACCCUUAUGUUCUUGGAAUGAGUAGAGAAUACACUGUAGCAGUACUUGGUGUAUUGCACCUUUUUAAAAACAGGAAUAUGCAACUGACUUGCGUGGCAGAGUUAAAGAGAUUUACCUGGUGUAUAUAUUUUUUAUUUAGCUUGUAUGUGGAAGGACUUUACUAAAUCGGAUAAACAAUCUGUAGUUUAGGCAUGGACAUGAAAUAACAGUUCUUAACUCAUUCAAGCACAAAAAAUAUUUUCUGUUUGAUGGUCUGGGGCAUAGACGUUUUAAGGAAAGAGACCUGACUUUUAUUUGAGGAAGAAUGUGUUGAUUUUAUCCACAACAUGAAUGGAAAGGGUUUGGGGAGGGAUGUCAUUCCCUUUGGAGAGCUAAAAAUAAAAACUUCUAUUUGUUUGCA